GUAGAAGAUUGACGGAAUUGACAGACAUGUUACUCUAUAGCAGCGCUUCCUAGUGGAUUUUACCGCAUAGAUAUAAACCAUAUAAACAAACGACGUAAACAGAGCGGCCCAUAACGUUCCAGUUCGUCAGUGUUUCUACAUCAUCCUCAAGGAACAGAAAUACCAGGAUCAGAAUAAGGAAUAAAAAUAAAUAUGGAGCGAAAUAAACCAGCGAUAAUUAGCCGAGCCAAGAGUAAAAUAGCUCAACAUCCACCUGAUUUAUUUGCACUAGGUUCUAAAAGCAGUCGUGAUGUGCUUGAAUCCAAAAGACCAGGAGUCAUCCACAGCAAGCCGAGUGCACCAGCAUCUUCAGCCUCAUCGUCAUCAAGUUCAGAGCGUAAGAAUAAAGAACCGCCGUCUGGUUCAUUGCAAUCGCUUAUACCCGCGAAAAAAGCUAAGCUGACUAGUCAUGUCAUCAGCCAUCCACGUCCACCAAUGUCCAGCGCCGAAGCAUGGGAAGUUGUUGCUAUUGACUGCGAACCACCUGAUCUUGUACCUAUGGUACUAGAAGCUAGUGACAAUGAUGAAGGUGAUAAAGUAAUUGGUUUAAUUUGUGGUGCUAUAAAAACUCUUAAAAAUCAGCGAUGGAAGCCCGACAGUCUACUGUCCAUAGGUCUUAUGUAUUUAGCUAAAAUAAGACCAUCAAUAUUUUCAAAUGAUUGUGUAGUACAUGCAUUGUCAUCAUUAUUAAAACGUGAUCAGGCUCACAAUUUUAAGAGCAAAGGCAAUCCUUUGGUACCUGUACUAGCUGCUAAUUUAUUGAUGCGUGGUUUUCAUGACAAAAAAGCCUGGCCAGAAGUAUUUCUCAAAUUAUAUAUCGAAGAUGCGUUGGGUGAACGUGUUUGGGUUGAUCAUGAUGAAUGUAAAGGCUUCACUGACAAUAUUUUAACAAGUUUAUGUACAAGAAUACCGCCUAAGAGUGCUUUGCAGCACGAGUUGUCACUUUUAGCAUCGCGCGAUUGUCACAGCCCUUCAACGAUGGAAGACGACGAUUCUGGUACAUCAAUAACACAAAUUGGUGAUAAAGAUAAAUCUGAAUUUACGGUAAGUCUCAGGUACGCACACUGUCCUGAGACAGUUGAAUUAAUGGUUUUAGAUUUAGUCAAAGAGCAAUUGAACCGUCGUCAGCCCGAAUCGAUAACGAAAAAUGUUUUAAAAUUACUUUCAUCUGCGUGUGGUCUUGUUGAAAUACGUAAUCUAGUAUUACCCCGUAUAGAAGUAUGGCUCCACAAUCCAAAAUUGAUGAAACCAGCUCAGGAAUUAUUAAUUUACAUCUGCUAUAAUUGUACAACUCACACGCAACGUGAUGUCGAGGUAAUUAGCCAGUUAGUUAAACUAAGAUUAAAAACAAAGGCAGUUGUUAAUUUAUAUUUAAAUGGAAUCAAAGAAUUGAUAGGUUUACAUCCAGAAAAUUUGUCCACCAUAAUGAAGCACACAAUCUACAAUGAAUUGUCUAACGCCAGAAAUUCUAAUAACAUGCCAAUGUUAGCAGUUAUGUUCCAAUCAGCGCCAGAAGCAUCUGCCAAAUUAUUAGCAGAAAUAUUUCAAGAUCUACUGAUGAACCGUGAAGAUUUUUUACGACCAUUGAGAGCACUUUUCCGUGAAAUUAUUCGUGUGUGUCGUCAUGAUAUCAAUUUAAUAACACUUGCAAAAGCAUUGAUGAAAGAACGACCGCAAAUAUUGCAACAAAUAGCAGUAUUUGAAUUUAAAGAACGUAUGUUUGCGUCAAUAAUUGACUUACUGUGCCUUUGUAUGUUUUUAGCAAUAAGCCCUCAAGUUAAGGAAGUCGUUUUAUUGACUCAACGAGGUGAGAAAAAAGAUGUUGCUCCUUUACAACAAUUUCAAAAAUUAGUAUCAACAAUUCAGUAUGAUACAACAGACUGGUUACAAAGAGCUCAAUCAGUUUAUGGAGUAGGUAAAGCUGAAUUAUUGAAAGCUAUUCAAAAAAUCAUGCUACUCGAAUCUCCUGAGCAUUAUUACAAAUUGGAUAAUUGGCCACCAGAGACAGAUCGUGUACUGUUUAUGCGUAUUGUCUGCGAAGUUCCUCUGCUACAGACUACCUUGUUACGAAUAAUGAUGACAGGAACGUCCAAAGAAAUAGGUAACUGUCAGCUAGAAAUAUUGGACUUUGUUGAUCAGUUGGUGCGACGUGCCGCUGGUAAUUCUACAGAAGCAUUUCCAAUGUUACAAGCCGAUCAACAAGAUAUUAUUGAAUUAAUAUUCCAGUUAUGUGUCUAUCAACCUCCAGGAUCCAUAAACAUACCAUCUGGAUACACUCCUCCGAAUUUAGCUAUAUCUAAUUGUUACUGGAAAGGCUGGACAAUAUUAUUGAUAUUAGCCGCGCACAAUCCUACGACAAUCGGAGAAACUGGCUGGCGUCGCUAUCCAAUUUUACAAACAUUAAUGGAAAUGUGUAUAACAAAUCAUUUUUCAUAUCCACCUCCUACGCUAGCUCUUCCGGAAAUAAUAGAACAAGAACGUACGAAAGAAUUGCAACGAGAAGCACGUGAAAAAUUAGAAAUACUUGAAUAUGAAUCGCAUCUAGCAGCUGCGUCAACAAAGGUUCAAAUAUCUGAAUCAAACAGCUUACUCCUGUCACAAUUAAUUACAAUGGAUCCAACUGGAAUAGCAAGAAGACCCCCGUCUGCAGUACUUGAACAAAUUCAGUCACUAAAUGUUUCUCAUAGACUUGGACAUUUGCUGUGUCGAUCACGAAAGCCAGAUUUUCUGCUGGAAAUAAUUCGAAGACAACAACAGAGUUCGUCUCAAAGUAUGCCGUGGUUAGCAGACCUUGUGCAAAAUAGCGAAGGUUCUCUCAGUCAAUUACCCGUUCAAUGUCUGUGUGAAUUUUUACUAUCAACAACAAUCCAGGCAGUCGACAAGCAGCCUCGGCACCAACAAUUACUUGGACACCUUCAAAAAUUUUUGACAGAUCCCAACGAAAAUCCGCAGCAUGCUAACGAAGUUCUAGAGUACUUUUUACGUAGACUACAAAGCCCACAGAGUAACAGUCGUAUGCAAGCUAUAGCAGGAUUGAAAUUAGUUUUAGAUUCAAUUCCUCUUGACGAAGAGCCCAUGGAAGUUGAUGGUAACAACGAAUACGAGGUAUGGCUACUAAAAAAGCUUCCAUCUAUUCCACAUUUUGCUGCAUAUAUUCCAACUCCUUAUAAUUCAGUCCGCGGAAUGGUUUCUCAUAUUCUACGCCCUGCUUGCCUUGUAGAAAAUAAUCCAGAGUUAGUACGAGCUUACAUUGCUUAUCUAGCUGAACACACUGUCGACGAUGAUCUUCCGGACUUUGCAGAUCUAGCAAAUGACAUGGCUCAAUUGGUAGUUGAACGCAGUACUAUUACAACAGCUAUUUUACCAGAACCCGACAGUGAUUGUCCUCAAGCUCGACAAACUCUUCAAGCUUUGAAAACAAUAUUCUGCAAUUACCUGAGAAAAGCUCGAUCACCAAGCGGCGGAAAUAUCACCUGGUCUGAAAGUCAAGAUCAAAUACUCGUUCAGUGGGCAAGCAAGGAAGAAUGUACAAUGCAUAUUCUUGUUGUUCAUGCAAUGAUUAUUCUUUUGACGUAUGAUAUAAUCGACGACAACGGUCUUUCAAAUGAUUUAUUGGAGACUUGGUUUCCAGAAAUCGGCGACCCUCCAAAAGCUUAUCUCGUUGAUACUAGCGAAGAAGCACUCCUCAUUCCCGACUGGUUGAAAUUACGAAUGAUACGCAGCAAUGUACCUCGAUUAGUUGACGCUGCUCUGAAAGAUCUUGAGCCUCAACAAUUGGUUCUUUUUAUUCAGAGUUUUGGAAUUCCUGUUUCUUCAAUGAGCAAGCUGCUACAUACACUGGAUGUCGCUGUGCAAAUCGAUCGAAGUUCUGUUGGUGAGGCUGUACUGGACAAAGCUUACAUGGCUCAAUUAGUAAAAGUUCAACAUCAUCGUGGUGCUACUGGUGGCUUAGUGUUUGUUAAAGUACUUCAAUUAGUUGAGCCACAAUUGCUUGAAGCUGCUACAGUAGGGAAUGAAAAAUUACAAGAGGCAUUACCGCAAAGUGCGAUGAUUAAAAGUCAAUCUGUAAUACAGUAUCCUAUUAAAACCGAAGUACCCCAUCUUAUAAAUAAAUUAUUCAUUGAAAAUAUUCCAAUGUUACAAAAAGCUGAAGCGUACAGAAGAUUGCACAAAACUUUGGCCAAAAAUUUACAAAAAUCAACUAAAGAAAGUGGAGCUAUUAUCCUGGCAAUUCAACAUAUCUGCAGUGUAUUAAGUUCAAUGCAAGUUGAACAAUUUCUGGCGUCACUUGUCCACAUACCUCAGUACUCGUGUACGUUAAUGAGAAUUAUAUUGUUACCUUUAAAAAAAUCUGGAACACCAAGUAACUUGGUCGAUCUCGGGAAAAAUAUGUGUUUAAAUUUAAUUUCACUUAUUGGUGAUGUAAAAGCGCCAAUCCUGUCAAUAUUACGGGACUUUGCUGAUAUUCAAAAAACAAAAACAGCGCGACGUAAUGACCUCGUAGCAUUGACUAAAACACGUGAGCCUUCUGUAAUUCUAGAAAAUACAGAUUCUGUAAAUUUAGAGAGUGUGGGACGUACUUUAUUGGAUAUUCUUUUGAAAAACGCAGAUAACAAUAUUCUAGUUAAUGCAAUGGCUCAGUCACUGGUCUCAGACAGUAAUGAAGGACUCGUUAAACCCAGAACUGGUCUUUUGAUUGACUGGUUGGCAUCAAUAGAACCCGAACUGAUUGGAGUCUGUCCUGUUCUUCAGAUGAAAUUACUCUUCGGGAAAUCCAAGCUCCAUAUCAAGAUUGAUGAUAGCAUAGUAAACUCUCAUACAUAUCGACCUUAUUUACUAACUUUGCUCACUCACAGAGCCAGUUGGGCGACUCUGUACAAAUGCGUUGGACACUUACUCAACAAAUGUGACGAAGAAUACGAUCCAACUGCGGUUCUAGAUUUUCUUUGGGCCUUGACAUGUAAUCCUAAGCUAUGGCAAGGUCGUGAUAAAUUCACUCCAAAACACUAUGUUCCAGAAGAUAUUUUAUUGUUGACUCCGCAACAGCUUUUAACGCUGGUGGCUUACGUCGUAGCCGAGGCUGUUAUUGUUCAUGAUCGACAGGGUAGGAAUGCUGCGUUGACACAAAUGGAAUUACGACUUGACUUACUUCAACAUUGUUUAUCUACUAAAGAAAAGCGGAUAUCUGAUGUUGUUAAGUAUUUAGCAGACCGUAUGGUUGAUAACUCAAGUACGGUUGAAUCAGACAUGGCUCAUCAAUUUCUCUUGCACAUGUAUAUGAAGAUACCAAAGGUAAUAUGCUUUUUAAAUCAAUUUCAAGCUAAAAAAUUUGUUGCCAGUGCUAAAAUCACCGAUUGGACGGGCUCGGUAUUGGAUUGUAUGAGUCAUUCAUUGCUGACUGCGUUAGCAGCAACUCCAAGACAAAAAUCCUGGAUAUCAAAGUCUCAAGAGUUUGAACUGUGUGCGAGAAAAAUGGCAGCAGUACAUCCGAUUUUGGUACUAAGACAGUUACCGAUGCUCGCGUCAUCACUUACAGGCAGAUCACAUUUAGAUAUGAUUGAUUUCCGUACAGGGCAUCAUCUUAAUUUAUUUAUUCAAGUCAUGGGACUUUUAGAACUUCUUCAGCCUUAUCUAUUCAAUGAGGAGCAUCAAACUGCCCUGGAAAAUACUUUAGAAAAUUACUUUCAGUGUUUCCAGAAUUAUGGAAACUACAAAGAUCACCAUCAUUUAAUAACUCUUUUAAAUAGGUUUGUUGGAUUAUUACAAGCUUAUAUUUCACAUGACGCUCAACGCGCUCUAAAGUAUCUGCACAGUCGUGUCCACUUGCUACGUGAACUUCAAGCAUAUUACUCUGGAGUGGUUAGUCUAAGAUCUUUAAUUGCUGCGAUACCCGGACCCAGAGAAGGGACCAACGGUGAAGAAAUAUUUUUGGCUGGUCCACCUAAUGUCAAUCAAAAGGAUAACGCCAUACCUCAAAACUGGCAUUUCAUGAUUGGAUCGUUGAGCAAAAUUCAAGGCGAAGAUGUUAUGACGGCUCUACUAGAAAUAGAACAAAUGUCAUCACGAAAGCCCUCGAUAUUUGAUUAUGUAACUGACAGUCUAACUGAAUUAUUGGUGUCACCGCAAGGAAAUAUAAGAAGUCUAGCUCAUUCAUUACUUGCAAAAGCACUUAAACAUAAACCAACACUCAAUCUUACGAUAUUAUCAGCAUUCCAACGAUGCCUUGACAGUCCUAGGUCUGAUGUGUUAAUGUCAGCACUUGAUAGACUUCCUGAUGUUGUUCUCUGUAUGCAAGAACAUGCAUUGCCUCUGUUGCAAAAAGUAUUUGAAUUAGGAGUGAAUUCAAACGUCAAUACAAUUCCUCAUAUAACUAAAAGUAUAAUGUUAUUAAAUAUACAACAAGGAUGUUGAA